AUGUUGCUUUUACUCCUACUCGCCUUACCCGUAAUAAAUGCUGAACCAAUCCCACGUCCAUGUGGUACAAUGCGAUCCUUCUUUUCUGCGGAAUCGCGCAUUGUCGGGGGCGAGACAGCACCCGAAUAUGCCUGGCCGUGGCAAGUUUAUUUAACAUUAAAUAAUAUGUUUAUUUGUGGUGGUACAUUAAUUGAUAGACAACAUGUAAUAACAAGUGCACAUUGUGUUGCUAAACCAGUAAAUAAUACAAGUGAUCUAUUUGUUCGUGUUGGCGCACAAAAUAUGGUACGCGAAGGUUAUUAUGCUGGAACAAACUAUCGUAUAUCAAAGAAAUUUAUCCAUGAAAAAUAUUCGAUACCUGAAUAUGGCUAUGAUAUAGCUCUAUUGCGCUUAAACAAUACAGUUGAUAUAAGUGAUACAGUGAAUUUUGUUUGUUUACCAACAAGUCCAGAUUUUAAUGUAUCGAUGUAUCAACCUGUUGUCAUAACUGGCUUUGGUUUAACAAGUGAAGGUGGUUAUCUACCAUAUAGAUUACAACAAGGAGUUAUACAAGUUUUACCAACAUGUUCAUUUGCUUAUCCAUGGUUUAAUAGUACGACACAGAUUUGCGCUGGACUUUUAGGUGGUGGAAGAGAUACAUGUCAAGGCGAUUCAGGGGGACCAUUAGUUUACAAACCACGUAAAUCUGAUCAAUGGAUUAUGUUUGGUAUUACAUCAUACGGUUAUGGAUGCGGACGAUUUUAUUAUCCAGGAAUAUCGCAUCAUCCGCCAGUAACCAAUUUUUAUGUAUCAAAUCGUAAAGAAGGCUUUGCUGUACAAGGAAGUAUAUUGGCGCGAUCGAAAUUCUAUGGAAAUAGCCUCUCGGCUAUUCUCGAUGGAACAGCUCGACUUACUCUACUCAAUAGAGGAGAAGAUUAUAUUAUUACAAUGCCCUAUGCUAACUGCAAAGGCAUUCUAAUUGGUAAAUUAACUAUGGAACUAGGUGGUAAAGUAACCAUUGUUUGUGAAAAAACGCGAUAUUCAGCUGAUAUUGAAUUUAAAUUAAAACCAUUUAUUGGCGGUCAGGAGCUUACAAAUCACAUUGAAGGAAAAAUUCGACUUGAAAAAGAUGUUUUAUAUACAUUUUCUGGUCAUUGGGAUGAUGAAAUCAUACUUGUAGAUAAAGCAACUAAUGCAAGAAGCUUGUUUUGGAAAGUUUCACAGCCAGUAGUUAAUUCGCGAUUAAAACGAUAUGUUGUACCAAUUGAACAACAACGAGAUAAUGAAUCGGAGAAAUUAUGGCAACGUGUUACAGCAGCUAUUAAACAAAACGAUCAAGUGUCAGCAACAGAAGAAAAAACAAUUAUUGAAGAUGAACAAAGAAAACAGAUCAAAGAACGUAAAGCAACCAGUACUGAAUGGCAUCCACGUUUAUUCAAUAUUGAUCCAAAUUCGAAAGAAUGGAUUUAUACUUAUUCUGACGCUCGUCCAUGGGAUGCUCACAACGAUAUAUCAACUUUUGAAAAUAAUUUCAUAAUCUGUACUCGUACGCGCCAUCGUUCACAAAAUAUGAAUCGUACAAAUAAAUCAUCAAGUCGAAAUAAUUCUAUAAUAAAUACUGUCGGAAGACCGUCGGCAUUAACUCGUGGUCCAUCACCAUCACUGAAUAAUAUUCGUGACGACGAUGCACCAUAUCUCACACCAAAUAUCAAUAAUCAAGCAUCGCUACUGUUGAAUUCUUCUGAUGAUGUAGUAUCAACUUUAAAAUGUAUGGACACAACACUAAGUCGCAUAAGUCAACGCCUCGAUAUGUAUGAAAAAGAUCUACAUUAUUUAAAAAGCCAUCGAAAAACUCAUGAACACAAUCAAGUCAAUUCUUUUUCAUCAUAUAUUCAAUUAAUUCUUAUUAUCAUCGUGGCAAUCAUAUUAAAAUACAUCUUUCAUUAA